AUGGUGUCAACGAUAUCUUCUUCUUCAGCUCCAUCAAGUUGUUCGCUUCUCUCCUCCGAGUUCUUUCCAACUCGGUCGACUCAGCCAUUCAAAGCCGCUUCGCUUUCAUGGGUUUCUUCUUUUCCUCUGGUAAACAUAUCCAUAAGCUCCAUUGCAGACCCUCCCACUCCCACUCUCAACAAGAAUUCUGUUGUUCGAGCUGCAUGGACCCGGAGAUCUCGAGGAGAAGCUGCAAAGAAGCCUAACAGGAAAUCGUGGAAACAGAAGACUGAUAUGUAUAUGAGGCCAUUCUUACUGAAUGUUUUCUUUUCAAAAAAGUUUAUCCAUGCAAAAGUGAUGCAUCGAGGAACAAGCAAAGUGAUAUCCGUCGCUACCACGAACGCCAAGGAUGUUCGAAGCAACUUACCCUCACUCACAGAUCACAACGCGUGCAGAGUUAUAGGGAGGCUUAUUGCUGAGCGAUCAAAGGAAGCUGAUGUUUAUGCAUUGUCUUAUGAGCCCAGGAAAGAUGAACGGAUUGAAGGUAAGCUUGGGAUUGUUCUUGAUACCAUUAAAGAAAACGGGAUCAUAUUUGUUUGA